ACCCUGUCACCGAAAAGAACAUCGUCUCAGAACCUCUCAGAUGUAUUGCGUUUGUGCUGGCCGCAAUGGUGAACACGCUGACCUUGCGACAUGUCUUUGAAGGUCUUCGAUAUUGACCCCACUUUGAAGUCGGUCGGAGACCUCAUUUGGGAACGUGUGAAAGGAUUCAGGUGGUGGAAAGAUGAGCUGCACAAGCUCGAAGGCGGCAUCUACAAAUUUGCCGAUGGAUGCAAUCUCUUUGGCUUUACCCACAAGGAGGGCAGCAUCACUUACCGCGAAUGGGUGCCCAACGCCAAGCAAGUCUUCCUCAUUGGCGAUUUCAACAAGUGGGAAAACACGACACCUUUGGCUUCUGAGGGCUUCGGACGUUGGGCUGUAGAGCUCAAAGAUGUUGGUGGCAAGCCAGCGAUCCCUCACAAAUGCCAAGUCAAAGUGAGAAUCGAGACGAACGACCACCAAUGGAUCGAGCGUGUUCCUGCUUGGACUCGUUUGGCCUGGCAAGAUCCAAAUACCAAUCUCUUCAAUGGCGUCAUGUGGCACCCCGCACAGGGAGAGCGGUACACCUUCAAACAUGAAAGGCCAUUGAUGCCAGCAUCUCCAAAGAUCUAUGAGGCACAUGUUGGCAUGAGUUCAAAGGAGCCCAAAGUGGCUACCUACUUGGAAUUUGCAGAAGAUGUGAUCCCCCGCAUCAAGCGCAUGGGCUACAACACUAUUCAGCUGAUGGCCGUGGCGGAACAUGCCUUCUACGGAUCCUUUGGUUACCAUGUGACCUCCUACUUUGCGCCCUCCAGCAGAUGUGGAACGCCCGAAGAGUUGAAGAGGCUGGUGGAUGAGGCACAUGGAUUGGGCAUGGUGAUCAUCAUGGAUUUGGUCCAUGCUCACUGCUCCUCCAAUUCCUUGGAUGGCAUAGCCAUGAUGGAUGGAACAGACCACUGCUAUACUCAUGGAGGUCUAAAGGGACACCAUUCCCAGUGGGACUCCAAGCUUUUUCACUACACCAAACACGAAGUUCUCCGGUUCCUACUCUCGAAUAUCAGGUAUUGGUUGGAAGAGUUUCGCUUCGACGGCUUUCGAUUUGAUGGUGUCACUUCCAUGCUGUACCACUCCCAUGGUAUUGGAAAAGGCUUCUCCGGCAACUAUCAUGACUAUUUUGGAGGCGAUGCAGACUUAGAAGGUCAGAUCUACUUGAUGCUGGCGAAUGAGUUGGUUCACCACACACUGCCAAGUGCAAUCACAGUCGCAGAGGAGGUGAGUGGCAUGCCAACGCUUUGCUUGCCAAUCGAAGAUGGUGGGUUUGGCUUCAACUAUCGGUUGGCAAUGGCAGUUCCUGACAUGUGGAUCAAGCUGCUGAAAGAAGUUCCAGAUGAUUUGUGGGACGUGGGCUACAUUUGUCACACCCUCACCAACCGACGGUGGAAAGAGAAGUGCAUUGCGUAUGCAGAGUCACAUGAUCAAUCCAUCGUCGGUGACAAGACAAUCGCAUUCUGGUUAAUGGAUCAGGAGAUGUAUUACGGAAUGAGUCUGGCUGAAUGUCCUGAGCCCUCCAUCGUGGUUGACCGCGGUUUGGCCUUGCACAAAGUGCUGCGGCUCUUGGUGUUGGGACUGGGAGGUGCAGGUUAUUUGAACUUCAUGGGCAAUGAGUUCGGCCAUCCAGAGUGGGUCGAUUUCCCGCGUGCGGAGAAUACUUGGAGCCAUCAUUUCUGUCGCCGAAGGUGGGAUUUGGCUGAUGAUGAGGCCUUGCGCUACAAGUAUUUCCAAAACUUCGAUGAAUUGAUGCAAGCCUUGGAGAAUCGCUUCAAAUGGCUCAGCUCGGAACACGAAUUCGUGACCAUUUGCAAUGGGAUGGACAAAGUCUUGGCCUUCGAGCGAGGCGAUCUGCUCUUCGUGGUGAACUUGGAUCCCAAUCGCAGUUUUCAGGGCUACCAGGUUGGCAUCGGCAAGGACGAGGACAUGCGCAUCGUUCUUGACACUGACGAGGAACGGUUUGGUGGCCAAUGCCGACUGGAAGAAGGUCAUGGCAAGCUCCCCAAGGGUGGGCCGACACACAACCGGCCAUCGUCCUGCUACUUGUACCUGCCAUGCCGCACAGCACAAGUCCUGGCACCAGCAGAUCUCUUAGAAGGAGGCAUUCGUGUGUGGCUCGAUGCCAAGCUUCUUCAGGAGAACAACAUUCUGGACCCUUCAGAUGUGAAUCUUGCUCUGCAAAUUUGUGAUGGUGGCAAGAAGUAUUUGAAAUACUUCCGCUUCGACCUGGAUGCUUGUGUGAAGCUCCAAAUGUAUUUCGAUGCAACCUUUGCUCUCAUGGGGCCCACGGGAGCCACUUUGCUGAGUAGCCGGGUGAAUCCGGAUGGCAUGUUUCAUAUCUAUUUUCCAGGCGACUACACGGUCUACUCCAGAGGCUUUUUGGAAGCUGAUCUUCCUCAGCGACCCUUUAGAGCAGCCAAAUUGAGCAAGGAGCGGUCUAGCGUGCCAUCGUUGAGCACUGCCCAAGAGCAAUACUUCGAUCCAUCCUUUGAUGCUGGCCUGGUCUACCCUGAUGCGAUGGUCCUAGGACCCUCGAUCUCACAACUCUUGGAGGAGAUGCCCAGUCCAAAGAAGACGCCCUCUGUGUCGUCCGCAGUCACACCGAAGACUGCGGCCACCCCAAGAAGUGUGGCCACUCCAAAGGGUGCAGCCACUCCAAAGGGUGCAGCCACUCCAAAGAGUGCGGCCAUCGAACCGGAAAGAUCGGUCAGCAACUUUGAACCGAAGAACAUUGAUUUCCAGAGCCGAACAUCUGCACGGUUGAAGAGCUACAAAGCGACACAAGCCAAAAUGGGCAGUCUAGAUGAUUUGGCCAAGAUCUUUAAGGACUUCGGCUUACACCACUGCAAUGGUGGAUGGAUGUUUAGGGACUGGAUACCAAAUGCAACUUAUGUCUCCUUGGUGGGGGACUUCAAUGGCUGGAAAGAGACUGCGACUCCUUUGAGGAAGGACGAAAAAACUGCUGAUAUUUGGUCUUGCUUCAUUGGUUCACCCCUAAAUGCAGCCAUGACCAAAGGUAGCCAGUACCGGUUGCACGUGGUACCAGCCGAAGGGGAACCCAAAGAAAUGAUGCCUCUCUGGGCCAUUCGGUAUGCUGUAAACACCAAGUCGCAAGCUGUGAACGCUGUGGUUUGGCCCACAAGCAUCAGCAGAGGGCCAUCAAGGAAGGACUUUCACGAUAAACCUUUGAGCUUGAAAGGUAAAAAGCUGCAUUUGCUGGAGUUUGACAUUACCUUGGUAUCGCAGAAAGAUGAGAAAUCCAGUCUCAAGUUUGCAAGGACUAUCCUGGCCAGGGCCACACAUUCGGGUUACCAUGGAGUUGUAAUAGUGGGCCUUUUUCAUGCAGGCGUCAGAGCAACGAGCAGCUUGCUGGCAGCAACUCCUGCUUUGAAGGAUGCUGGAGAUUUUGCAGCAUUUCUACAAUAUGCCCAUGAUCGGAGUCUUGCUGUGUUUUUGGAAGUCCCAUCUCGAGCUAUAGCUGGCAAAUCCUACUUACCAAGCUACUUUUUCACCAAUCAGCGUGAAACGAUGCAGAAGUUCGACUUUGGCCGCAAAGAAGUGGCUCAAUAUUUGCUCUACUGCCUGCAGCAUUGGGUUGAGGCUGGGGUGGAUGGUUUUCGAUUGGAGGGUCUUCCUGGUGCUGCGCUCUCGGAUGAGUCGUCUCCGGCAGAUGAUUUUGUGAUGAUUGCGAAUGACUUGGUGCACUCAGCUGCCCAGAGCUCUUCAAAGGAUGUGGUGUCCAUUGGCAUGGGCGCUUUGGAGGAUGGCCUCUGCGACAGUCAAGACAAGGGAGGUUUUGGCUUUGAUCUGUGGCAACCAUGCAACGGCUUAGAUUUAAGUCGACUGGUUCCAGGAUCAUGUUGUUUGGAUCAAGCGUCCUGCGGCCCCAGAAGCAAGGUGACCCUUGUGCAAAACCUAGUAGAUGCCUUGACAGAGCCCUUGAAGGCAAAGGGGCGAAGCCAGUUGCUGACCUUCAUGGAAUCCAUGCAGGAGUUCAUCGUGAGCCAAAGCCCGCUCUCGAUCUGCAUGCUGUCAUGGGAGACCCUCUACACCGUCUCCGCCGGUGCUGCAGCUCCUUACGUGACAGGCCUUGCUGAAGCCUUCGUGCGCCGGGGCCAUGAGGUGCAUGUCUUCACCCGCGCCAGCCAUGGCUUGAAGAUCAAUGUGGAGACGGUGAAUGGAGUGGUCUACCACGAGGUGCCUUACACGCUGAGCAUGGAUUUUGUGGAGGAAACGGGGAACUUUUGCAAGGCUUUGGCAGAGGCCAUCAACCAGCGUGAAGCGGCCUUUGGUCACUUUGACGUGGCGCAUGGUCACGAAUGGUUGGUGGCACGAGCCCGUAGCGAGUUGCGAAAGGACUUGCACUUCAUUCUGACAGCGCACUCGACAGAGGAAGCGCGAUCAGCUGGUGCGGAAUUCGGUGGACAAAGCAGUCAAGUCGUUGAGCUGGAAGGAGAGGCCUUCCGGUCCAUCGGUCAGCUCUUUGCGUCGUCAGAGACGGUCCGUGAGAGCAUGUAUUGCCAAUAUGGACUAGAAGGGAAAGACAUCCCUAUCAUGCACAAUGGUGCUGUUGCCCACAAGAAGCCAUCCAAAGAUGCUCAGAAGGAAGCCAGAGAGUCCUUGGGACUUCCAGCAGACUCACCUGUGAUUCUUUACACGGGCCGUUUGUUGCCUCACAAAGGAGUCGACCUUCUCGUAGAGGCCAUUCCUUUCGUCCUCCAGCACUGGCAUGAUGCCCACUUUGUCAUCGUCGGCACUGGGCACCUCCGUGGUAGCCUUGAACGGCGUAUUGAAGAGAUGGGCGUUGGAAAGGCCGUCACCUUCAAGGCCUGCAAGUGCGAAGGGGAAGAGAAGCGCAGAUACUUAGAAGCCUGUGAUGCCGUUGCGGUGCCAUCUCGGCAGGAUCUCUAUGGUGUUGAUGUGAUUGAAAGCUGGGCGGCAGCGAGGCCUGUUGUCGGCAGUGCCACGGGCGAGCUGCGACACCUGAUCAAACCAGAUGCCACAGGCUACACAGCGGACCAGGAGUCGGGAAGCUUGGCUUGGGGCCUGUGCAAAAUCUGUGAGAACCGAGAACAUGCUUGUUGGAUGGGUCAACAAGGUUGGGAGCAAGUUCAACAAAGCUUUCUGUGGGACACUAUUGCAAAACGGACAGAGCAGUUCUACAUUGACAUGCUGGGCUUGCAGGAGGCUCCUCGUGCCCUGGUUCGCCGUCGUCCGCUGGCCGCCGCCCUGGGUGCUGAUGCUGCGUGGCUCCUGCGACUCUGCCGCCUUCUAUCUGUUGCCUUUGGUGGUGAUGCAACUCUUAGCUGUUUGGGCAGCGACUUUGGUUGGCAAGGAAGAGUUGACUACCCAAGAAAAGGGAACGACUUCAGCGACAAGCAAGCAAGAAUACCUGUUGAGCUGGCCGAGGACAAGACUGGAAAGCACAAGCUUUUGGCCAUGUUCCAAAUGUGCCUCAUUCGAACAGAGCGCUGCCUUCAAUGGCUUAGAGAUCCUAUCCCAGAUGUCCUCCUGAAGGAUGAGAAGAAGCAAGUCUUGAUUUUCAGUCGUGGCUGCAGCAUUUUUGCUUUCAAUUUCAGCUCAGCAAAGCUCUCAAGCCUCAGCUUCAACAUUCCCCGGUUGAAAGGCGUCACCUGCAACUUCAAGUGUGUCUUGAACUCCCAGGAUCAGCGCUUUGGAGGCAGUGCAUCCGACCCAGCACCCAUGGUGCCUCUGUCGGAUGGCGAGAUGACGCUGGUGUUGCUGGCACAGAGUGCCAUGGUGUUGGCCCCGCAGCACGUGAAUGAAGCGCUGUGCAAGGAUACAGUCCUUCAACUCCGUUCCGCAGAUGACUUCAUUGAUCUUGUUCUGAAUGACACGGGAGUCAACCCUGUAGCCUCUUGCCAGAUGCUCACCUUCGAGCAAAUGGUCGAGGAGAUGGCAGAGCAAGUGGCAAAGCAUAUGGCAGCAGAAGGCAAAACAAUCGCGACAGGUGAAUUGGAAAGAAUGGACGGGAAGGAAGCCGGAGCAGAUGCUUCAAAACAACCAAAGGAUGCUGUCGGAGAGCCAAAAGCAGUGCCAACUGCGGUGCCAAAGGCGGAGCCAAAGGCGGAGCCAAAGGCAGUGACAAAGCCAAAGGUGGAGGCAAAGGUGGAGCCAAAGGCAGAGCCAAAGGCAGAGCCAAAGGCAGAGCCAAAGGCGGUGCCAAAGGCGGAGCCAAAGGCAGAGCCAAAAGCAGAGCCAAAGGCAGAGCCAAAGGCGGAGCCGAAGGCAAAGGUGGAGGCAAAAGCGGAGACUAAGAUAGAUGCCGAGGGUGAUGCAAAGGCAGCUGAGCAAAGCAACAAGGACACAUCUCUCUCAGUCACUGCAUCGCAACCAAGUGAGUCCUCCCAGCCGUCCACAAAAGAGAAGGAAGAGCAAGGAAAGAAAGCCGAAGAGGAAGUCCAACGGGAGACAAGAAGCUGGCUGCAAAGGUACUUUUAAAUUAAAGAGUUGUGGACCAUAGUGGAACAGGAUGCGACAUCGCGAAGGCCUUCACCACCUGUUGUGAGGGCACCAAAUCCCUCGAGCUUGCACGUGCUGUUCCCGAGCUCGAGAGUCCUGAAAUAAGGACAUGGUGCGAAC